AUGAAGCGAUCUCUAACGCCUGAUGUAACGUUGCACGAAGUGAAAAAGGUGAAAAUGGAAAAGGUGAACGUAAAAAAGGAGGAGGAAUGCAAAGAAACAAUAAUGAAGAACGUUGAAGAUAAAUCCCUAGGAAAAAUUACAAAAUCCGAUCUCGAAGAAUUAGUUCUACAAAAAAUCGUCGAAGCUAUAAUACAUCGUAGCGAGCUUAGUGAUAUGCGUGAGCUUAUUGAGAAACAGGAGAAAUUAAUUGCAACACAUCGCACAAAAAUUGCGGAAAUUUCAAAACAAUUCCGUGACUUAGAGAUGGUUCACAACCGCGUCGUCAAGGACCUUGAGAUGAAGAAUCAACAAUUUAUUAUGCCAGUUAAAAUCACACGAGCAGUUGGAUUACAAGUCCUCAUCCCGAAACGUUCCGAACAUGCAUCUAAUUCGUCCUCGAAAUCUAUGCCCAGUACCCCUGCCACUCCAAUAUCUUCUAAAACAAUUAAUUCACCCGCCACACCAGCUGCACCUUCAAACGAUAGUGCAAAACGUUCACGUACUAGUGAGGUGACGGCUCCAGAACCUGCAAAACGGAUCCGUUGCAAUCAAAAAGUGACACCUCUUCGACCUGAUACGCCACAACGCACUAUGCUGAAUAAUGCAAAAGUACCUCCAACUUUAUCCCCUGCUACACCCACAAACUCAACACAAUCUCAACAGUCAACACCGACUAAUUCAAAUAAACAGCCAAUGGCAUUUAAGACAGUUAUACGUAACGUAGUUCCCUCUCAACAAGGGUUAACACCUCCACAAGGUGGAGGGACGCAGACGGCUUCACAGAUUCAACUUGUGGAGCGAGUAACGCAAAUUUCCAAUAAUAGUCAGGUGACGUCUAACACUGCCGCGAGGAAAUCGGUGACGCCUAAACCAGGACAACAACAGCAAAAUACAAGUCAAAAGUCAACACAGAAUAAUUUCCAAACAUCACCGGAAAGGCCACGAGUACCGCCUGUUAUAUUAAAGAAAACCACAAAUGGUCGUAGCCUGACUGUUGCUAACCCCCAAACAAAUUCACCUUCUCAAGGAACGAAUACGGGAUCAAACACAAUCCCCAAUAAGUCUGUGAUUGAUUUGACGGACGAGGAUGAUAAACCGACCGUAGACAGUGUAAAUCCACCAGCUCUUGUCGCUAUUCCGCAGAAUUCCAAACCUGCUGCACACACGCAAGCGCAAAAUCGGGUCACCACUUACGUCAUUAGUAAGCCACAAACACAACGUGUUUCGACGACGCAAAAUGGAACAAUAAGAGCUUCACCGAAGACAUCAUACGUUCCAAUAGCUCCAAAACCAUCGGCGCAAGCAACACAAGCAGGUUUGAAUCAGCGUGCAACUCCAACGAAUACGGCGGCAGCGAAUUCAGCAGCACCUAAGCGAGCCUCUGUUCCCGCGCCCUUGCCGAAGCCACCGAAUGUUCCUAGUAAUCCUUUGUGGAAAGCUCCUCCAUCACGACCUUCAAUUCGAAUCAAUAACAUAGACACCGGAAUCGUGAUUUCAUGGACAAUGGACGAUAUGACCGCAGACUACGCUGAAGUGACAAGCUAUCAAAUUUACGCGUAUCAGGAGAGUUCGGCCCCACCGCAAGUGGAGUCGUGGCGACAUGUUGGUGACGUGAAGGCCAUGCUGCUCCCCAUGGCAGUAACAUUAACUCAAUUCCAGGAAGGUCAAAGGUAUUUCUUCGCCGUACGAGCGAUUGAUGAACACAGUCGUUAUGGACCAUUCAGCAUGCCUAAAACUUGGUCUUAAGGGAAGUACCUCUGUUGCCACGUUGUGUAUAGUGUUCGCCCUAGCUAUUAGACGAAGAUGGAAUGCAAAUCUCAUGUUUCAAAAAUAAGAUAGCUAAAAAUUGAACUGCUGCUACUUUUAAAUUAGAUGUAAGUAAUUUAAGAUUUUAUGUUAAUUUUAUUUGUAAUUUCCCUAGAACUUCGGAUUAAUUUUAUUUUGAUAGUUAUCUAAAGAAGCUCCAGAAAAGAAGGAGAGAGGAUGAAUGAAAGUUUAGAGUAGCGUUAGUUCGAAUUUUUAAGGUAGUGACGGACUUGUCCAUUUUCAUUAUCUUCAUUUAUACUCUCUGACUCAAAUGAAAUCAAGUAAGUAGCAAAUAUACAAACAAACAUAACUCAUUGUAAUAUAAUUUAUCAAAUACAAAACGUUAAAGAACGUAGGAAGGAAAAGAUCGAAAAAAAGAGUGUACAUGAUUAAAUCAUAAGACUUAAAUAAUAAAUCAAUUAUGGAAUAGAAUAUAAACAAGUGAAAUGAUGAAUAUACUUACAUUUCCUAGAAACUUAGUUGUGUGUUAGCUUUUAUAGUAUGAAGCAAGUGUGGAUACCGAAUGUUCAACUAAAAUAGGAGUCGUGCGAUCUUUCUGGUUGUAUGGCCGUUAAUUUAUUCUAUCGUCAGAUAUUUCUUUUCCUCUAAUACAAACAAUAAAAGAGAUUGAAACAUGA